UGGCCUGAUUCAUUCUGAGCGGGUCAAUCGUUGAACAAACACACACAGACUUUGGACCAAAAAAAACACCAACAUUUUUUGAAUCUAGACCACGAUCCAGACCAAGAACCAGACCAGGACCCAGACCAGGAACCAGACUCAGACUAGAAUUAGGACCUGGAGAAAUGUCGACUCAAUUUCGCGACGAGCCGGACGAAGACGAUGUCAGCAACUCCUACUGGAACAAAGACCCAGGUCCAAUCCGGUACUCGGCCUUUUUCAUUUAUCGUAAAUGGCUGGUCUCUGGUUUAGUUUCAGUCUUCAUCCUCAUCCUCAUCAUUGCCUUUGGAGUUAGCAAUGCGGGACUGGCCUCUCGUCUGGGUUUGAUGGAGGAAACCGUUUCGAACCUGAGUGUCUCUUUGACCAGCUCACAGAAAGAAAGCAAAGAUACAGCCAAAAGCGUGCAGAGGCUGAGAUUUAAUGUGGAGAGCAACAAGGACAACCUCAACUCAGUGGCAGAGUCAUUACAACAGCUCUCAGCAUUGGAUUCGCUGACCAAAACAGUGGCUUCGGUCAAAUGCACAUUGAACCAAUUACUCAACAAUGGCACGAUAGGCUCUGGCUGCUGUCCGCUAGAGUGGGACCGGUUUGAGUCUUCCUGUUAUUUGUUUAGUAAAGAGUCCAAGACGUGGCACGAUGCCCGAGACUGGUGCCACGCUCACCAGAGCCAGCUGCUCAUCAUCAGCACUGACAAGGAAUGGGACUAUCUGACCAAUCACCUUUCGGGGACCUUUUACUGGGUCGGAUUGACAGACGAGAACGGCAAAUGGGAAUGGGCCAAUGGAACUCCAUACACCAUGGACCGCAGGCGGUGGAAACCUGGGCAGCCUGAUAACUGGACUGGUCAUGGUUUGGGGGAGGGGACGGAGGACUGCGCCCACCUUCACUGGGACGGGCGCUUAAAUGACCUGCACUGCUCCUCCCGCUUGAAAUUCAUCUGCCACAGACACAGCACCCAAACCUAAACCUAAACGCUAAAUUAAAUGUACUGGCUUGUAUUGUAAUGGUAAUAAAAUUCACUCAUGGCUUAUUUCUGUAUCUGUACACU